AUGACAUCACAAGAGCCGUGCCGAAUGUCUGCGCUGCUCCCCCCUCCUGCAGGGGUAAAGGGGGAGCCCCCAGAAUCCCACGCUGGUGAUCCACCCAUCAGUUCCACGGCUAAUGAUGCUCAUGAGUUGAUGGUGAAAGGAUCACUUGUUCCCAGCCGCUUUUUGACAGCCAUUGACCUUCUCUACCCAGAUUAUUUGGAAGCUGCUAGUCGUGCCCUGUGGAUGGAAGUCUGGAACAAGGAUGAAGACAUUACAACUCAAGAAACCCUGGAGCGAGCUGGGGAGGUUGCAGGACUUACUAAGGACCAGCUUGCACACAUUCAGGAGCACAUGACACAAGAGGUGACAAAGAACCGUCUAGAAACGUACACUGAAGAAGCUGUUCAGUAUGGGGCAUUUGGAUUACCUGCUAUAGUUGCCCAUACUGGAGGGGAGCCAAUGCUCUUCUUUGGCUCGGACAGGUUUCCUGUCUUAGCCCAAGAGAUAGGAGAAAAAUGGCUUGGGCCAGAACCUGAUGUACCUCAAACAAGGUUAUAAAAGGCAUGGGAUGUUCAUAUAUUUUCAUGUAUAUGCAGUGUAUAAUAAUGCUAGAAAUUUGGGGAUCUUGCAUAUUCUUACAGACUUGCAAGACUUUUUAUGGGGAAGACUUUGCUUAAAUAAAAUCUUUAAUACUUUUCUCUUGUGGGAAUGUCAGUAGCUUCCAGAGUUAAGUGCUGGUCCAGCCUAGUCUUAGAGAUGUACGAGCCCUCAGACCAACCCUUGCAUGCCGGGAGCCAGGACCAGAAUGAGCCAAACUGCCACCAGGUGGCAGCUCAGGUCACCCAGAGUCACAGUCAGCCUGCUAUUCACUCGCUCACCUGGUUACAACAUCCAUCUUCUGAUAUCCCUGGAACAGUUCUGCUGGGGGAUUUUGCUUUCUGAUCUUUAUCCUUUCUCUUUCAAAAUUGUACAUGUCACCCACAUUGCUCUGCCCUAAUUUUGUAUUUUGUAUCCCCGACCAUCCAAGUGGUUGGGCACCAUUCCUUUCCCCGUCCCAUCCCAAAUCCUUAUCCUGAUCCCUUCCCAGUGCUAUAUAGUCGUAAUGGCUUGGCGCUUUCCCCUGACAGUUCAUUCCUUCCCUUACUUGGUAGUUGAUGUCACAGGCUGCUGUUCCAUAUUUCACUUAACUGGUGAUGGUCUGGUGCCCAUUACUAUGUCACAGCCUUUUAUAAAUUACUGAUAUUUAUUCUAUUGCACGGUUUGGUCCUUAUUAUUCAAUCUCAAGUUUGGCUGUAUCCCUAGGCUACUGCCCUGGUCCUGUACUUAUUCUUUACUUAGUUGUCUAGGGAAUAUGAUGGAUGGUAACCUUCUAGUUUUGCCAAGGAACUUUGCAACAGUAGUAGAGAAACGUCUGAGUAGUGUAACAAACCAAAAAUAUAUCUACAAAAUAAAACAUAUACAAUAUAAAAUAUUCAUUAAGAAAUUCCUCUAAACUUAAUGACAUUCUCAUUAAUAGUUACACACCAAUAUGAUUCAUCUUACACAAAGUACUCCAGCAAUAUGGUAACACUUAAUACCCUGGUCCAACAAUUUUAAUUUUAUACACCAACCACACCUGAUAGCGUAUUUGUCCGACACAGAUAUAUAUAUGAACUAGGAAAUCUGGACUCUCUCUAAGUAACCAACUAAGUAGAACCUCAGUUUACAAACUCAUGCAACCUGAAUAACUACAAUAUAAGGCUUCUCUGGAUAUCUGGUAGGAGUUAAUCCUCAAAAGUCAAUGAUCAGCCCACACUGACGCUCCUCCGAUGAUGGUAAGAUGGCGUCUACUUGUCUGGCCACAUCACUCGCCCCUUGAUACUCUAUCUCUCCACAUUCCUAAUCAAACUAUAAUGACUCAUUUAACCAUACUUCCUUCGUAGGUUAUAUAAAUGAGUUCAUUUUUCCUUCACAAAAUAUUUCCAAACAAUAUAUACAUCGUUCACAAUAAAUCUCCAGCUCUGGGUUCUAGUUUCUUUGGCGGAGUAAUAUCAGCAACACACGACCUCCAAGCUGCCAGCUAUAAGUUUCUUUCAGGAAAAGUACUCUUUACUGCUUUUACAUAACUUUGCCUUUUAGCUAACUUGUUACAACGCUUGUCUCCAUGAAAAUCUCUCCACAGGAGACAAGGAUCAUAACAGUUGGCAUGUGUUUUCCAUGCCCUACCAGAGAUGUCUGUUCCGAGAGGUUCAGGUUCUCUCUACAAGCUGACUCUUCUAGAGUCACCUCAUUUCUGGGUAGAUUACAGGAUUUUGCUCUUCAUUGCGAGAUCUGUAGAUGAGAGUUGUUAACUGCGUCUACUAAACAUAUUGCAUUUGGGCAUGGCCCUAUUCUUUGUACAUGUUGGGCUUUGCAUUCUUACUUAGUGUCUUUGGAUCCUGCAACCGAUUGCUCUAUCUAUGCCAUCUCCCAUAAGGUGUUUAUGGUUGGGCUUAUUAGGUGCUGUGGUUCAUAGACUUAAGGCACAUUUGAGUCUUCGGGUGGGGGUGGGUUGCUGACUGUGUAGGCUGCAGAGCCUACUUUUACCUCUUUCAUUCCCUUGUAUUGUUACGAUGUGCCGAGAGUUCACCUUCCUGGACUUUUAAGGGAGUGAAUGUUGUUCCUGGUCCUUCUAUGGCAGGUGAGGUUGUCUGGAAUUUGGGGUUACUUGAAGGAGUAUUUGGAUACAUUAUGACACUAAUUUGGAUUUUGGACAUAUUUUUUAUUUACGCUCAACUCAAUACGAGUUGGACUAUUGUUAUUCCCUUGCCUAUGGGUGCAUUUCCAAGACUUUUGUGUGGCAUGCACAGACUUGCAGACAAGCCCUUUUUUCAUGGAUACAAGGCAACCUUUUUGUUUUUGCAUGCAGGCACUUUAGAGGAAGGAAGUUUUCCAUAUGUUUCAGGUCUUUCUUGGAGCUCUUCCUUGACAGCAGUCAACUGUGCCCUUUUUGCUGUUGACCUUUAUUGCAUUGCUGGGGUGUGGCAUCCGUCACAUCUAUGAUUAAUGUCAAAGACAGCCCAAUCUGUCUUUGGCAUUAAUUAUAGUUUAGUUUGGAUUGCAGAGAAGGUUUUUCAGGCUUUGGCAGCAGAAGGCUCCUAUUUUCAACCACAUAACAUGUUAUUUUAAGUGAUUGGUAAACCCUGGGUUCAGUUUCUUGCAUGAACAGUGCCCAUGUUCCUUGGAUUCCUGGAUGGGUAGGGGUUCUUGUGAGCUUGAUUGUGAUUGCAUGUGCAAUCACAUGCCAGUUGCAUGUUUCUAUCAACAUCAGAGGCCCGAGACUGUUCAACACGCUUCCACUACACAUAAGGGGCAUAACUGCCCGACCCCUCACAGUGUUCAAGAGAGAAUUUGAUAAGCACCUCUGAAGGAUACCUGAUCAACCAGGUUGUGAUUUACACGUGAGGCCGGGCCGCAGGGACGCUAAGCUCCGGAAGCACCUCCAGGUGAGGUAAGGUACCUUCUUCCCUCUUCCACUGUAGCAGCUGCUCUACUUUCUUCAACUGGUAGUGGGGAGGUCUCAACUUUUCCGUCAGAGCCUCAAACACCAUGUGGAAGGCCUCAACUUGCCUUGCAUGGAACUUGGCCACUUUCUUUGGUUGGCAUCCUUUUGCUGGGGUUGGGACUGUGCAUUACAUGCCCUGCUUCACUUAGGGGGAAUCUUGCAUUGCCAUUUUCCUUUUCUGGCUUUUUGGGGUUCAGUUCCAUGGUGAUUUCCAUUGCUUGAGCUGUUCAUUGAUGCAUCGAACCUCUACUGUUUCUUCAUCUCCCAGCUGUCGCCAUGAAAAUCGGGACGCCUCCUCGGCCACAGUGGGCACAUAUGCUGCAGGAGUUUGCAGUUGUUUGGAUAGCAAUUCAGCACAUUCAACUUCAACAGGGCUUUGCUCUGUCGUUAUUUAGAUUUCUCUGCAGUAGUUUAUUAUCUCAACAGUGGUGAUUCGGUCAUUAUCUUCCAAUGUUUGCACUUUUUCCUGAUAUUCUUAAAAAAGCAAGAGUAACGCCAGUUCAUAAAAGAGGUGAGACAGCUGACGUAAACAAUUACACAGCAACAUUAAGUCUACCUAUACUCUCAAAAAUAUUUGAAAAAAUUAUUUACAAAUGGCUCUAUUCCUACAUUGUGAAACUCAACAUAUUAAAUCCCUGCCAGUAUGGCUUGUGUGCCCAAAAGAGUACCAAUGAUGCCAUUAUAAGUCGGAUUCAUAUAAUCUACACAGCCCUCGACAAAAAUGAGUUCGCACUAACCCAGCCAGCAGCCCUAGGGCAUUAUGGGAAUUUUUUUCCAAGAUGGCUGCCUCUCACUAGAGGUCUCAAGAGUUCAUUUUGUAGACAACCUACCACACACGCAUUUUGAAUGGGUACGAUAUAUGCAAAAGGUGCUUUCUCGGUUGAUGCAAUUUCCCACCGACCGAGUUUUCUCGGUUGGCGCAGCACAGUGGUUAAGGCUGAUUUUCUUCUGGCUGGGACUUCCAGCUGGCAGGUUGUCAAGCCUCACACUCUUCCAUUAAAGCAUUGUCUGAGUUAGGUAAUGGUUUUCUUCUCCUCCAUUCUUCUUCACCAUUUUUGGCUAAGAAUAAGACUUAUGUUUUUUGGCUGAGGGUGUAUCAUAUACUCUGUACUGUGUCUGCAAUGAGCCAUUAUUUGUGCACUGUUUAUGCUCUUUGAGUUCAUGCCUUGUUUGUCAACCCUGUGUAUCAUGUCCCCUGUUCCAAAGCAAGCUCUUCUAGGUUAUCCAUAGGGUGGUUCACGUCACGCAGUCUGCUGUGUAUCUUUUCUCAUGAUUUCCUGAAAAUUCACUGCUUUGAUGCUCACAGGUAUAGUUCUUCUGCCUAGGCACCCUUCUGUCAUUUUCUCAUGGAUAAUCCCUGGCUGCAUUUUUCUGUUAGCUAAUAUUUUUUUUUAAGAAAUGCAGGCUGCUUCUAACCAGACAUUGUUGAGUUAGUUCAGGGAGCUAUUGAGGGGUCUUUCCCAAUAAUCGUGUUGAAUGUAACAAAAUCCCUUUUUCUGGUGGGGCCCUGAGUAGCUUCUUGUUUUGGCCCUGUUUCUAUCUUUCACGUGGCGUGGAAGGGUUUGAUCUGGGUGGGUCGUGCGCAAGGAGGUAGGCUGACUGGGACCUCAGGUGACCUAGACAGCAACCUGGUGGUGAUCAGAUGCAUCACGGAAGAGUCUAUGCAAUUGUCGCUGGCUUCAUUACCAUCGGGUGCCAAAUUCUCUUCAAGCAGUUGCUUGUUUUGUUGCACUUCAGCUUUCUGUAGAGAACCAUAUUCUAGGCCUGACUUCCUAUAGGCAAAGGUGGGUCUCUGACAUUUGGUGCAUUUUCCUAAAGUUUGCUUAGGGAGGUACCUUAAGGAGGUCAGCACUUUCCUCGGAGGUACGUAACGUAACGGUAAAUGAUCAGGAGAGGACAUUUCAUUACACUGAAGGCUUGAUUAUUUAUAUACUUACCAACACUGCCUUGUAAAUUUUAAUUGUGCAAAUGUUUUAUGAUUUCUUAUUCUACAAAGAUAUGCCAAAUUAAAAGCUGUAUAUUUUAGCAAAAUAAAAGUUGAAAAUA